AUGGGGAAGGCUGUUCGUCUUUACGCUAAAGGACGUGUUCUUGGGUACAAGCGUUCAAAAGUAAAUCAGUCGCCAAAUACCACUUUAGUCAAGAUUGAAGGUGUUACUACUAAAGAAGAAACACAAUUCUAUCUCGGGAAACAUAUAGCGUAUGUUUAUCGAGCAAAGCGAGAGAAAGAUGGAAGUAAGAUCCGUAUCAUUUGGGGUCGAAUAGCCCGUCCUCAUGGAAAUGGUGGUGUUGUGAAAGCAAGAUUCAGAAAGAAUCUUCCGCCAAAGACCUUUGGGGCUUCAGUUCGCAUUAUGAUGUACCCAUCCCGUAUCUAA